CAACAGACCGAGGCGGCAUUUUCAGUUUUCCAGUUUCGGGUGGUUUUAAAUCUAACGUUAAGUUUCUGGAAUGUCUAGUCGGUUAUUGACAGGUGGAGAAUGCCCCCAGGGUGUUUUGGAUGUUGUUGAAGGUGCUAUUGGUUAUCUUGCCUUAUCAGUUGGAUAUACAUCUAUUGAGUACGCAGCGUUGAGAGUACUUUCAAAUCUUUUCUUUUCUUUUACAGAAGACUUAGCUGUUUCCUCACUAAUGAAUGCUGAAAGCAGUGGGAGAACUUCAAUUCUUUUGAGUGAUAUUGUACUUGGGUUAAUAGAUUUGGGAUUUGAUGUCUCAGGUCUUAAUGAAAUCCCCCGUAAACGCAUGUACAGAGGAUGUAAAGAACCUACUAGCAUCGGAAGUUCUCCGAAGAAAGGUGUGGUAUGUGCUGCAGUUUUGGGCCCAGGAGGAACAACCAUUAUUCCUCGACCCUUGUCAUUGCGUCCUAAUUGGUCGGGAAAUCCACGUUUUGGUGGGAUGGGAUCCACAUCCUUGUUAAAUACGGGUGUAGCUCAAGGUAUUUCAGAUCAGCUGUCAUACUCUUUGCCACCUCCCGCUCCUGCACAUUUACAACUUCCUAUAUUACCGGAACCUCACACUUUCCUAAAUACACGUGUUAAACGAGCACCGAUUGCUUCUGAUCCGUCUUCAUUACGUCGUCGUGUAGUUGAACAACGUCGUAAAGUUCAAGAGUCCUUAAUUCGGUUUUUGGGUCGUGUUCAGCCUGUUCAAUACCUAUUUCCUGGUGAUGCUGAAUCGUUCAUGUUGAUCACUCCAAAAGAAUCACCUCGUCCAUAUCUGUCAGCUCUACUUGCUAGUGUAACCAACGACUGUGAUAUGAAAAUGUCAAUGACCGACAACAAAGAUGACCAAAAUCUUGUAAAGUCUAAGUCAAACGUUUUUGUAAAUAGUAAUUCUAAUCAAUCUCCUGAAACAAAAAAUCCAUUUUUAUUAAAACCAAAAUUUCCUGAAUACUAACUAAUACUGUGAUUAGAUAUACACUUUGUACAUAUUCCUUUAAUAUUUUUAGAUAAAUCUCCAUAAUAAAUUCUUUAUGAUUUUCAAAAAUUGGAUUUAAUGUGCUUCGUUUUUUCAAAUUAACUAGUUAGAGAAUGGAUGUGAUUUUUUUAUAGGAAUAAUACUUUUGAUCUGUGCAUCAAUGCAACAAAAGUUGACGAACGAACGCAAUAUUAUUAGAUGACUAGGGAGAAUUAAGUUAAACAGUAUAAAGUAACAAUAUCGUUAUUCACGGCAGGUAAUGGAAGACGGUCGUACAAUAUCGCGAAUUGAUUGAAGUUGACAUGUACACCAUUGGAUGCCAACUCAGUGAUCUAGAGGUUCAGUGUAUACGCGCGAAACCGAAGGUUCUGAAGUUGGUUCCUAGUGGCAGGGUCAUGGAUGCACACCUGAGCCCCAUACUAGGACGAAACAACUGUAAAAUGCUUUCAGGUUUUCAGUGAUCUAGGUAAUAUCGUUUAGUGGUUUAAAAUAUGAUCCUUAAUUUGAUCUUCGUCAGGCGUUACUCUAAUUGGCUACCUCAUUAUAUAUAAUAUCGAACUUGAUAUGACGUGAUUUCAUCCUAAUUAAUAGUCAAAUGGAUGUACAAUCAAUGUAUAAAUAAGUGUAUUUUCGACUAGGGUCGUCGUCGUGUUUUGGAGUUUAAUAAAUCUUCACUUGUACCAGUCUUGGUGUUCUUCGCGUCGUGGGAAUUGCAAUGGUUUCUCAUUUUAAAAGUAUAAGUAAGUGAACUCAUUGUAUUGAAGAUAAUUGAAUUGGUCAGUGAAAUAUGGAUAGUAGCGAGAUCGUGUAGAUUAGCAGUUCUAUUACCCAGCAGUCCAUGGUUCGAUAUUUGCUUAGGCUAAGUUUGGUUAUAAGUUCCAUUGAUCGACUUUGUUCGUUUAUGCAUAUAUCUUCAUUGUCUCUUAAUUACUGUCAUUAUGCUAUUUUCAUAACAUCACGUAACUUUGGAGAGCAUACCUCUUGGUACUAGCGCUCCAUUGGAUAUUUUUAGCAAAUAAAAAUUAACCUUAUUAUCAUAUAUCCAAAAUUCUAGAUUCU